UGAAUUCCUCCCGGCUGUGGUCCUCUUGGAAGAAAGGACACCGACAUGGCUACAUACAUCAACUACGGUGAAGGGGAGGAUGAUGCUAUUGUACAGGGUGCUGAGUGGUUGCAGCGAAUUCUGCAGCAGCAGCAAGGGCCAGAAGCAGAAAGGGCGUUCACAGAGAAGUUCAAAAAAGAGUUCAAGGAUGCCCAAGAGAGCAACAAGAACCGGUAUGACUACGGUCCCGUCUUCGACUUGCUGGUAGAGCAUGCCAAGAACCUGUUCUCCGCGAUCCCAGAGAACAAACCUGAGGAACGCCUCAAAGAAAUUGAGAGCUUCUUUGCCCUGAUUUUGAGUAUGCUGCUCCUGCUCGAGGAUACCAGCCAUUUGGACAGAGCCACCACGCAACUCUGUGAGCUCUUUAGUGGAGAUACAGAGCAGCAACCAGAGCUGCGAUUGAGACUAUUGAUGAUGCUCUACAACACCUUCAACAACCCGACCUUCGAGUUCAGAUACAGGGUCUUCAAGUACACUUUGGACUUCGCUGCUAGCGCUGACAUGUUCGACCAGGUGCUGCCCUACCUGGAUUACUUAGAGUCCUGGAUGGCGGAUUGGGAUGCCACUUUGCAGAUGGACGACAAGCGCAAGCUUUACUCAGACAUUUCCAAGUACAUGAGG